GGGCAACGUUUCGAUUCUCGAACGUCUCGCAUUUAGAUUGUUUUCGUCCGUUGAUUCGAAAAGACGUGUGAACUGAGACUCGGAGAUACAGCGGAAAGUAUCUAGAAGAUACGCGUAGUUUGGCCCACCAAAACAACUACUGACCGAACGGAUUGUUGUGGCCCAGUGAAGUUAUCGUUGAAAUUGGAAAUUGAUCAAAUGAAUAAAUGUAUCCGCGAGAUACGCCCAGUGAAGUUUUAAUUUUCUAGCCGGAGAGAAAAAUCAAGUGUGAAAAGCAAAAAGGAAAAACGAAAAACCGCCCCCACAACAAUAAUAAAAACAACCGGUACGCCACCCCCCGAAAAAUUUACGUCGCCGUCGCCCUCGUCGCAAUCGUUUGGAAAUAAAUCGUGUUUUUGCAUUUGUUGUUUUUUGUUGUUUAUACGCCAAGUUAUUUACGUCGUCGCAAAGCAAAAGGCAAAAAUUGAAUAAAUAACAACAAAACGGCUGGCGAAAAACAAAUCGAGUCGGCGAAAAUGUUUUACAAUUAAAAUUACGCGCGCAGCGGGCACAAAGGUACCAAUAUACGAGUGCGAGCGCGAGUACGAGUAUCUGCAAGAUACACACACACGUAGAUCAAAUAAAGCAGCGCAAUAUGCGCAAAUUAAACUAAAAUGCAGCACAUCAGAGCUGUAAAAACUUUUACGACAGCGACUACGACUGGUAACUUGCCACCCGCACAGUCAAAAAUAAUACCAGAUACAAAUUAAGGUCGCCCAGCGGCAGCGCAUAAACACGGUGGAACGGGAAGUGGCUGUGGAAGUGGAAGUGGAUGCGGAGGAUUCUCUCGCCUCCUACCUGGAGUAUAUUAGUCUCAGUCCUCAGAUCCUUACACAAAAGGAUAGCCAGCCAGGGAGCGCAGAACGCACACACAAGGGCCGUAAAACAUUUUGGGCUGCUGCUGCUGUACUGCAGGUCUCCUCCUCCCAGGACUCGUAAAUUUCCAGCCCAACCACCACCACCAGCAGCAACCAACACCACCGCCCGAAAAAAGGAAAAUAGAAACACCGAAAAAUCCAAGACACCGCCAAGUAACUGCAUCCUCAACCCGCUUGUAUAUAUAGAACUAUAUAGGUACAUAUAUCCGGGCAGCGAUGGCGGGCAACAUUGUCAAAUGGUGGAAGCAUAAAAUUCUCGGCGGCUACAAACAAUUCUCAGUCCAGGAAUGCACCACAGACUCCGAGGAGCUGAUGUACCACCAGGUGCGGGCCUCCUCCUCCUGCAGCGCCCCGCCCGACUUGCUGCUGGUCAGCGAACGUGACAAUAAUAUCCAACUGCGAUCGCCGGUGGUGAACAUAAUCACCACGCCGCCGGGCAAUGCGUCCGGUGCGGGAAGUAAGCAGCAGUCUCAUCACCAGACGAACCACCACUCCUCGGGCAGGAGUCAUCCCGGGCACGCGGUGCAUCCGCAGGAUGUGAGCAGCGGCGGCAGCCACAGCAAACAUCUGCGCAUCAGCAGCACUUCCAAUGGCAAGCACGGCAAAUACUCAAAUAUGCAGCAGCAACUGCCGCAGGAUGAGGAUGUGGUGGAUGCGGCUGCCACGAUGCAGCAGCAGCAGCAGCACACCGGCCACGCCCACUCGCGCCACCUGCACCACCACAAGGAGGAACGCAUCCGACUGGAGGAAUUCACCUGCGACGUGUCCGUGGAGGGCGGCAAGUCAUCGCAGCCGCUGCAGUUCUCGUUCACGUUCUACGACCUGGACGGGCAUCACGGCAAGAUAACAAAGGACGACAUCGUGGGCAUUGUGUACACCAUAUACGAGUCCAUUGGCAAGUCGGUGGUGGUGCCCCACUGCGGCAGCAAGACAAUCAACGUGCGCCUCACCGUCAGUCCCGAGGGCAAAUCGAAAUCGCAGCCGGUGGUGCCCGUUCCGGUGGCAGCCGGAUUCAGCAGCAGCCACGCCAGCAAACUGAAGAAGUUGCCCACGGGUCUGGCGGCCAUGUCGAAACCCCUGGCCGGCGGAGGAGUGGGAUCCGGCGGAGCGACGGCGCUAACGACAUCCGCCGGCAACCGCCGCCAGCAUCGCUAUCGACCACGCAAACUGAUUAAGUCCGAUGACGAGGACGAUGACAGCAACAGCGAAAAGGAGAAGGACGCCGCCCACGCCCCCGCCGCCGACCAGCCCAGCGGAAGUGGAACAAAGGCGACUGGGAAGAGCCAUCACCACCAGGCGCAGUCCGCCAGGUAUCACCAGAAGAACAAUUCCCGGGCGGAGCAGUGCUGCACGGAACAGAAUACGCCCGACAAUGGCCACAAUACCUACGAGAAUAUGCUGAAUCUCAAGUGCUGCAAGCCGGAGGUGGACCAGGUGGACUGCCCCUCGCACCGACAGCACCACCAGAGCCACCAGAAUCACCAGAUGCGCCAGCAGGACAUCUACAUGAAGCAGGCCACCCAGCGGGUCAAGAUGUUGCGAAGGGCGCGCAAACAAAAGUACCAGGACCACUGCCUCGAAACGCGACAACGCAGCCUGUCAGUGGGCAACGAUUCCGCCUGCCAGAAUCGCCAUCUGCAGCUGCAGCAGCCGCCGGUGGGUCACCCCCAGCCCCAGUCGCUGAACCACAAGAGCGCGUCGGGGUCACCACCGCUGGGGGUGGGUGGUGGUGGCGACAUGAUGCUCGACGGGGUGCAGCUGCGCCAGCCGCGACCCCAGUCCCUCACCCCGCAGCAGCAUCAGCAGCAGAAUCAGCAGCAGCAGCAGCGCAAAUCGACCGAGUGCUGGAAAUCGGCGCUGAAUCGCAACGAUUUAAUUAGCAUCAUCAGGGAGAGCAUGGAGAAGAACCGCCUGUGUUUUCAGCUGAAUGGAAAACCCCAAGCCAAUGUGAGUCCCAUACGGCAACCGGCAGCACAACAACAACCACAACAACAGCAACGCCAACGCUGCAAUACGGGCUCGAAAAUACCCACGUUAAUUACCAACCACAGUCCGGUCGCCCAGCAGUCGCCGCUCAGCUGCAGUCCACCCACGGCGGAGGCCACCACCCCCAGCAUUCCAGCGGCUCCGCCGGCCAUCGAGGUCAACGGUCAGCAGCACCACCCCACUCAUCCCACUCAUCCCAGCCACCACAACCACCACGAGCAUCCCCAACCGCACAUACCUAUCUACCAUCAGCAGUUGGCCAUUAAUCCGGCCGUUCUGGCCGCCCAGCAGACGCACAACACGGCCCACAACAAGCUGAAUCUGUGUGGCUACGACUCCUUCCUGCACGCCACUAUCUGUGGAGGCGGGGCAGCCCACUCGCCCCCGGCCACGCCCAGUAAUGUGGCGACCGUUCAGCCGAUACCCAAGAAGAGCCAGAAGAACCUGCUGCAAGGAUACCAGCGCUUGGAGCAGUCGCAGCAGCAGCAGCAGCAGCAGCGGAGCAGCAAGGACUACAAGAACUAUGGCAACCUCAUCUAUGCCAAGCUGAGUGAACAGCUGCAGCAGAAGGAUCGGGAGCAGAGGCGACAGCGGCACAAGCAGCAGCAACACCAAAUGCUGCAGGAUCAGCCCAAGGAUGCGAGUCGGUCGGAGCAGCGACCACCGACAUCGAACUCCAGUUCGGCUGGCUCCAAGAUCUACGGCGAUGCCGUCGAGUGCGCCCAUCUGCUGGCCAGCGAGGAGGAGGAUCUGCCCCCCAGUCCGCAGCUGACCAGUACGCCCAGCAAAGUGGUCAGCACGGACACCCUCAUCGAUCUCAACGACGAUGUGGGCGAGGCUGUGGCCGAGGCAGUCACAGAAGGAGGCAAGCAGUCGCUGGAGGCCGAGGAGUCUGGCCAGCAGGUGGAGGUGGAACUGGACACCAGCGCCUCCAGCUCCAUGAUCCACCGCUAUGUGCACGAGCACAUCCACCACCACUACCACCACUUCAAGGAGCAGCAGGAUGUCUAGGCUAAUCGGGGAAUCACACUAUAAACUAUUUGAAUGUUGCUUAUGUUUCAGUCUAUUGAUUAAUGUAGCGCGAAUUGUAAUUUAAAAUAAGCCUUCAUUAACUAAAACGAGAAGAUAUUCGAAGAACGAUAUUAGGGCCAAAAACAGUGGGGUUGGUUAGGUGAGUUUGGAGGGGUUAACCAAAGACAAAUUGAGAACGAUUGCUGACAAAAAUCAAUUGAUAGAAAUACUAGAUACUAAAUAAAAUAACUAAUUAUUAGUUUUUGAUUUGCUCCUAACUUUUGUAAAACCAAUAUGUAAAUUAGGAUAAAUACUAAACCUAACAAAGUGAAUUUAAGCUAGGUUCCUGAAUAGGUAAAGAGGUUAACCAAUUUCAAACUCGCAUCUCCAAUUUCUCCCGAGGAAAAUCUUUAGAACCAAAUUCGAACUCAUUGAAGAUUUAGCCCACUGUGAGAUCCACUGAUCCCAACAUAUACAUAAAUACAUAUAGCCUCUAUAGCUUACGCAGAAAUCGAAAGAAAACAAAAAUCAUGCGCCUUUUGCCUUAGCAACAAUCGAAUCGCCGCUUCGCUAUGCUACAUGUUGCAGAAACACAUAUCACUAUCAGAAACAACAUGUUGCCAAGAGCAUUUUGUGUUGCUGAGCGUGUACGUGUAAACUAAUGGGAGAAAAACUAUUGUUUAGUGCAAAUUAUUAAAUCAAAUUGUUGUCUAUGAUAUAAAGUUUUAUGCGCCGCUUUUUACGUGUUUAGACAGAGAGCAACAGAUGAUUGUAGUGGAACUAUGGCCGCCAGUUUAAGUUACCUACCGAUAUGGAUCAUGUAUAUUUAUGUUAUCUAAGCCAAUUAAUUUAAAUACUAUUCUUAGUUUCUAACACUAACCCCAAACAAGACAAGCAACAAUGCAACUAAGUACUAAACCACAACGACCACCAACGCAAAUCGUAGUUCAAUUAUUAUUUUAAAACUUGUUUUUAAUUUCAUCAUCUGUCAACCAAUCGAGUUACCAAUCCAAUCAAUCAAUCAAACAAA